CAGCACUAGUUCAAAUUUUGGGCUGAUAGCCUGCUGGCCUUUCCCGCACAAAAAUUCCGACCGCUUCUUCCUUCUCCUGAAUGUUCCAUUCAGAUAUUUCGUAGCGACUAGCGACUCGUUGCUACUCGAAAUUCAUCCAAAUUAAUCACAGCCAUGGCUUCUGGUCCUCGGACUACUGAGCGUCUCUGCGACUCCGAAACCGACGAGCAGAACUUCGCGCAACGGAAGAAGCGGUUGCGCAGCGUCAGCUUCGCCGAGGUCGAGAUCACUUCCGUCUACGUCUUUGAACGCGACGAGAGCAACGAGACUCCACCGGCCGACGGUGCCUCAACGAAGAACCAGACUCCCGAGCCUGAGAACGAGGUGCUAGGGUUUUUCAAGGAGCUUGCGGAUGGCAACGACGAUUUGGGAAAGUCUACAUUCUGUGGAGGCGAAGCCGAAGAAGAAGAAGUUGAGGAUCCCAGUGCUCGCAAGUCGUUUCUGCAGCCGAUGGAGUCUCCCGGGAGUAGCAUUUUCGAUUCCGCUACACGUCUCGUUGGGGCGGAAUCAGGGGACCUUAAGACCCCUACCAAAGUUAGAUUUGGCUUUGGAGAGAAGAACCCUUCCAGCUUAGGCACCCCUUCCAAUCCAGGGAGUCUCAUGAAAUUUACAAUGGCCAAGAGAUGCAGUGUGGAUCUGUCACUGAUUGAUAUGCUGCAAGAUAUUUUGGAUCAUCAACAGAAUGUCAAGAUACGUCAGAUGUUUUUAUCGCAAAUUCAACAGAAAAUUUGUGAUCGGGCGAGCAAAAAGAUGCCUGACAGGACAGCAGAAAUGAGAAACUUGAUUUGUAAGUUAGUCUUUGAAAGAGCAAGAGUGCAAAAAAGAAAACAAAUGCUGAGCAUUGCAGUUCAAGAGUCCCAAAUGCUUAAAUCAUCUGAAGUUUUGUGUCUGCCUGUGCCUAGUUUACACAUCAAAGACAAGGUGCCCAGUGAGAAGUUGGUUGCAUUAAGGCAUGAAUUUGAAGCUUUGGAGGGAAAGCUUAAUACUUCAACUCAGCAUUUCCGUAGUGAGUACAAAAUCGGAACAGAAGCUAGUUGUUCCUUGAUGAUAGGAAUGGUUAAUGAUCAGCUAAAGAAAAGAAUCUCUUGUAGGCACAUAUAUAAAGGGAUCCAGGUAUGUUCAUCUGGAGUGGAUUUGGGUUGCUACCCGGAAAAGUCAGUUCAGGAUUUGGCGAACAAGAAUGGCGCCGUCAGCAUUGUUCUUAACUACCUGGAUUUGUUGUCCCAAAGACUCACCAUAACUGGUGCUCGCACUCCUAGCUUAUUGGUCUCAACCGAGUUGAAUGAGGCAAAUAUAAUGAAGAAAUUCACCAACAUGGAUGCUUGUGCUGCAUUUGCUUAUGUUCUAAAUGCUGAGGCCACUAUGAAAUAUGUUGGCUCCAGAAGUUUGGCGCAGGAAACCAGAAUGGCCUGUUCACUUUUGCAUAAUCUUCUGGACGUUGUUCAAGAAUUGCAAAAGGCAAGGAUAGAGUCCAUAAAUUUUGUUGAUGCAACCUUCGCUUCGGUUUCUGGUAACAGUCCUCUCUUUUACUCAUUCUUUUUAGCUCUCUACUGCCAUGUCUCAAUCUGCUUUGGUAAUUGUGGGGUUUAUCCUUCCGACAUCAUCCCACACAGCAUACAAGUUUCCAGGACGAAGAAGUCUAAUUCAGAGGCACUCUCAGCUCAAGCGAAAGCUGCUGUCGAUAACCUUAGAGCUGGCUGUUUCCGAAUAUUAGGACUAUGCAGAUGUAUUUCUCAGGCGAUGAAGGCCUCUGGUAAAAAAGAGUGCACCUGGGGAGAAUUCUGGGUGAAGAUUGGCACUGGGUUGUGGUCAGCUAGCCAUCUCAGCAAUCAUGAUGUCGAACCACCACCAUUCCAACCAUUUGAUGCGAAGUUCAAGUGGUAUGUUGAAACGGAGGAAGCUCUGCCGUUUUGGGUCUCAAGAGCCCUUGAAACGGAGGAAGCUCCUGAAAGGCAGAAACCCCUAAACUUCGGGAGCGUCUGA